AACAAGCGAGAAAAUCCACCUCUUUCCACGGUGACGGAGCGGUGCACGGCAGCGGCGCCACCAGCAGCAGCAUCAGUCGGUCGGCGGAUGGAGAUGAAGGCGGAGGGAUGCUGGUGAUGUUAUAGGCAGGUUGCUGCAGGCUCGUGCCGCAUUGCCUGGCCGCCCGCGAGCGACACCGGGGAGACGGGUGAUGCUGUCGUCGUCAUUGGUGCCACAGAGAGACACAGGAGAGGAGAGGCUCUGACAUGGAGGGAGCGAGCGGCUGUUUGAGCUCAGGCCGCCCGGAUCAGCAGGUUGGAUGUGCCGCCUGAAGUCUGGAGGAGCCGAGGCAUGACAGACGCGGUGGUGAAAUCACAAUAAAGUUGAUAUCUUUGCUUUUGUUCUGUGCGUAAAAAGUGAUCCGUGCACGUAUGAUGAUUGUGCAACACAGGAGCAUCACAGCAUCAGCAGCAGCAGCAGCAGCGUCUGUGCCAGUUCAGGGUGGAUUACAGAGCAGCAGGCCUCCAUCUGAAGCCAGCUUCUGAUCAGGAGAGAAAAGAAAACCAGAGAAUAUUCUUCACCCUGUUGCUGGAGGUAACAAUUGAUCGUGCUGUUUCUCUGGCGUGGCCCCCCUUGGAGGGACAGCUGUUGCAAAAGAUGACUCACCUGCAGGCUGGCCUCUCUCCAGAGACUCUGGAGAAGGCCAAGGUGGAGCUGAAAGAGAAUCCGGAGACUUUGCACCAGGACAUUCAGGAGGUGCGGGACAUGAUCAUCACCCGGCCGGACAUCGGGUUCCUCAGGACAGACGACGCCUUCAUCCUCAGAUUCCUCCGGGCGAGGAAGUUCAACCACUUCGAGGCGUUCAGGCUGCUGGCUCAGUACUUUGAGUACCGACAGCAGAACCUCGACAUGUUCAAGAACCUGAAGCCGACCGACCCGGGGAUCAAGCAGGCCCUGAAGGACGGGUUCCCAGGCGUGCUCUCCAAUCUGGACCGAUACGGCAGGAAGAUACUGGUGCUGUUCGCAGCCAACUGGGACCAAAGCAGAUACACCUUUGUGGACAUACUGCGGGCGAUCCUGCUGUCGCUGGAGUCCAUGAUAGAAGACCCCGAGCUGCAGGUCAACGGCUUUAUCCUCAUCAUCGACUGGAGCAACUUCACCUUCAAGCAGGCGUCCAAACUGACUCCCAGCAUGCUGCGGCUGGCCAUCGAGGGGCUGCAGGACAGUUUUCCUGCCAGAUUUGGAGGGAUCCACUUUGUGAACCAGCCCUGGUACAUCCACGCUUUGUACACCGUCAUAAGACCCUUCCUCAAAGACAAGACCAGGAAGAGGAUCUUCAUGCACGGUAACAACCUGAACAGCCUCCACCAGCUCAUCCAUCCUGAGAUCUUACCCUCGGAGCUGGGCGGGAUGAUGCCGCCGUACGAUGGCACGUGGGCGCGGACGCUGCUGGAUCACGCCUACGAUGAGGAGACGGACUUGUCCGAGUCCUACACCCUGUCGGUACAAGACCUGGAGAGAGACCUGGAGAAGAACCUGUCCCCGAAGACCAUGAAGAGGUCUCAGUCUGUGGUGGAACCAGGCGUCCUGAAACGACCGGACAAAGUGAAGAGUGAAGAAGACAACUUGCAACCGCUGCUCUCGCUGGACUAAAACCACACACUCGGCAACAGCUUACCAGAGUCAAUAUUUAACACACAAACACCUGACUUUACCUGUGAACAUGCUGUGGGAAAAUGCACGAGCAUACGGACACAUUCCUGCAGAAAAUGCUGCUGCUUGUGUCUCUUGAACUCCAGGGAAUGGACAUUUCGCUGACGCAGAAAAACAGGAGGAGACGAGGAGAUGCUUCGCCACACACAAACAACGGCAAACAAAAGAGCUACUGAUGGUGUUCUAUAUAUUUAUUUAUCUAGUUAUUUGUCAAGUGCCAAUUCCAGAAACUGAAAAUGAUCGUAUUUAAAACAAUCCAGCCCCCUCGAGAAAGGAGAAAGAGGACAGAGUUGUGAAGGUGCAGCUAGUGCAAACAGUGUUUCCUGAAGCUGUACAGUAAAUUAAAAUAACUGGAAGUCUUACUUCAAAGAGAGUUCAGGGGCUUCGUUCCCGAGCUGCACUUCCUUUAUUUUCCUCGCUGUUUGUACAGUUAUUUAAAGAAAACACCGCAUACGGAGGAGAAGCACAGCUCAGGAUCAGCAGAAAAGACGACGGCAGCGAAGAGCUUUUUUCAAGCUUCUGGGGACUAAACAGACAAACAGGCAGGGCACUGGUUUUACUGGGAGAGAACUUGUUGAAGGAGUCUUUUGUUUGAAACUAAUAUCUGAACCAUCACUCGACUUAUCUCUCGGAAAAGCAUAACCCCUUUACAGAGUUGAAUCUGGUAUUAGAUGUGUUUUUUCUUUCAGAAUUUCUAUAUUUUUCAGGCCCAUUCAUCAGAAAAAUCCGUGUUUCUCCCUCCAGUCGAAAUAUCUGUGAAGCUUUGACUCGCACCUUCAAGUUUUUGGUUUGGCUGAAGAUACAUGUUGAGAAUCUAAUCGCUACAGAGUGUCCCCCAGUCCCAUACAAACGGGUACAUUUGAUUUUUGUGACAUAUUUGUUAUACUUUAGGCAAUAAUAUAUUACUUCUGAAACAUUACCACAGAUCUUACUUCUGUUUUAAGACACAACUAGUAUUAUAACUUUGAAAAACCUGCACAUAUUUUUUGCAUGUUUUUGGCGAUUUGCUGAAGAAACAUUCCCUCAUUUGCAUCUUUUCAGAGCAUAAUUGGUGUUUUAUAAUGUACAUAGGUAUCGAUCAGUAUUGGUAUUAGUUUAUAAUCUUUACUCACUUGUUAGCUUUUAACCACGUCACACUUUCAACUGUUUCUUAGCAGACUUGAUUAAAUAACUUAAGCAUUCUUGUGCUAACAUGCAAGAGAAUUACUUGUACUUGAGAUUAACUGUAUAUAAAGAUGGAUGACACGUCUACUUUUCCUAUGGUUGUACAAAAGUGAAGCCAAAAAAACCUCAAAGCAAGCACAGAGAUGUUUGGCUAGAGUCUGUGCAGAAUGGAUCAGCUGGUAGUAUUGACAGUACAUGGUUGUUAAAGUUGUGAUUUAAUUGUAAUUAAAUCACACCUUUAAUCUACCAAUGGAUGAGGACUACACUUGGCCCAGGUGAAGCUGAUGGCGACCCGGCCUUUACCGGAAACUACAACAAAAAGAACAAGCAGUACAGAAACAACUACAGGUGUGGAGGGGUCGUCACAAAGCGUAAGGAGAGUUAACUUUAAAGACAGAAUCCAUGUUUCAGUAAAAACAUUUUGAUGUGUAUUUCAAAUUUUAAACAGUUAACAUGGAGGAGGCGGAGCUUAAAACAUUUACGUAGGGGGAGCCUCAAAUGUUUUGACUUUACUUUUUGAGCAGUGUCAUAUUGUCCAUCUUUUUAUACAGUCUAUGAUUCAAAUUAGUCUCCAGAGUCAUUUGAGUUUGAUAAAGACAAACUGAUGGUUUGGUUUGAUAACAAGAAAACAUUUUGAGACUUUAAAGGUGCCCAGUAGAGUUUGUGACCACUAGAGGCGCAUUGGAGCAGUUUUUUGAUGACUGUUUAGAUUAUGUGAUUGACAUUCCUGCCACGAGUGUCUCACUAUAACAAACUGAAGGGUGUGAGAGGAAGGAAGGAAGGUAAAGACAUAAGAAACAUUUAUUGAAAAGGAAUUGAACAUGUCAGUUAGCCUUAAAGAUUAUUUAAUCUAUACAAAAAACUCAGAGGGGCACCUUUAAUUCUUCUGUUUCCUGACAGCACCUGAACACACCAGACCUGCAGACUUUUCAAAUCUCAUCAUUAGUCGACUGAGAUGAUUGAACAUAUCCCAACGACACACAGUGAUAUACCAUUUUCUCAGACACAUUUCAAGUUGGCAGUAUUGAAUACAUGACCGGCAGUAUGUGUGCUAAAAGUUAUUUGCAGGAACAGUUUGCACCGGCAUUUUUGUUUCCCUCUGUGCAGCUGUUUCUGUCUUGUUAAAAAAAGUGUUAUUUAAAUUAUUAUAAUGUCAGUAUUUUAUGAUAUAUUGUAUUUUCAAUCAAAUCCUGCAGUCUAGAAACAGCAUUAUUUUUAAAUGACACUAUUUCUGUUU